CUUACACAACUAGCCAUUAAUCACCACGACGAAAGCAGGGACCUUUAUACCUACUGUAUAUGUUUACUGUGAUCUGUGAUACUUGUUUUGAUCUCUGAACAACUUGGAAAGUGAUAUUCCAAGCAUUUACUACCAUCUAACCGCGUGUGUAAAGAAAGCCACCGGUAUAAGUCGAUUGCUGAUGUCCGCCCUAAUCGGCAUGUGAUAAAAAUACUCGGCUUCUUCUCUAGCACUUCAAGACUGUAUGUACUUAUCAGCACCCACCUGCAAGCUUUCAACUUGUAUCUAUCGGAAUUUCCGCAAGAUCUCCUUCCUUGAAUUGGGAUAGUUCCUCGCUCGCGCCUUCCUUUUCUACGGCUUCUCUGUACUUCGACUACGCUGGUCCAGACAGGGUUCCAGUCGGGAAUGACGACGUAAAUGGCUGCUUUUGAUACGCCUUGGCUCGACCUGAUGUCUUCCUCACCAGCUCCAUCGGGCCGCGACGAUGAGAGCAUACAGCAUGCGAACGACCAGCGACCGACGACAACCGCGGCAUUCUCCCCAGUAUCUCUGUCCCAUGCAUCUUCCGCAAACCGCCACAGGUCGACUAUCCUCGUUCAUCAGAAGUCACCACUGCUCAUAGCGACGCCUCCUCAGAUCACCAGAGCCCUUGCCUAUUCACACGCGUUCCUUCUUCCGCUCAACAAGUUCGUGGGGUUGUUGACAUGGACAACCAAUGACUCGUGGGAGAGUUUCAUACUCGUAGCCUUCUUUUGGGCAACAGUUCUAUAUGGAGACAUCAUAUUACGAUUUGCCGGGCCCGUAGUGGUUGUGCUGGGCCUUAUUCUGGGGAUGUACUCGCGACGAUACUCACCUCUAUCAUCAACGGGCGUGACUGGAGAGAAGCAGAAGAAAGGGCAUAAAAGAGAGGAUUCAGAGGCUACGAAUGUUAAGCAUCAGAAGUCAUUGGACGACAUUGUUGAAACUCUCAAGGAGUACACAGCAAGAUGCAAUAUGCUGCUUGAUCCCCUUAUACAGCUGACAGACUUCCUGUCUACUCAGCGGACAGCAACAUCUGCGACAACUCGCCCAGCACUUACUACCCUUUUUAUACGAAUAAUCCUCAUUACUCCAUUAUGGCUUCUUCUUACUCUCCCGCCUCUACGAAUCAUCACCACCAAGCGUAUUGCUCUGACAAUAGGGACGCUUAUCAUUACCUGGCAUUCAAAACCAACUCGGGUAUCUCGAGAAAUUUUAUGGCGUUCAUCCUUUAUCCGCCGCGUAUGCUCGGCAAUCACAGGAUUGCACUUUGCAGCCAGGAAUGCACCGCCGAAUCUCCCAGCUCGGGACAAGCAUUCAAAGCCAAAGUUGCCGGGUCAGAAAAGUAACGACUAUCACGAAGGGGCAUCGCUCGCUGCUUCUGCUGCGAGUAAACGAAGGCCCAAUGCUUCGGGUGUGAAGUUCACGUUUAUUAUUUACGAGAACCAGAGACGAUGGGUUGGUCUGGGAUGGACCACAUCUCUGUUCGCAUAUGAGCGAUCAAAUUGGACUGAUGAGCAUCUAAACCCUGCGCCUUCAAAGGCCGAAUUUGAGCUGCCUGAUGUUGAUGGAGGAAAUGCUCGAUGGAGAUGGGUAAAAGGCAGUAAGUGGUUGGUUGAGGGCGCAGGUAACGGCGAUGAAGGAGGGGCAAAUGCGACAUCUGAGACAAAAGGUGGAGGUAAUGGGUGGAUUUACUAUGAUAACAAGUGGCAAAACGGUCGCCGAGGACAAGAUGGCUGGAGCAAGUACACACGGAGGCGAAAGUGGUACCGCGACGCUGAGCUUGUGGAGGUGACGGCCAGUACAGAGAUCACUCCUUGCUCCACGCCGCCGCCUGAGCUAGAGACAGAGAUUAAAAGCAAGAGGCAGCGAUCACGCUCUGAGACUGUUUCGUCUGUGAAGAGUGGAAGACCCCCUUCCGAGCUUACCCUCGAUGACAGCUCAAGCCCUAAGAGUGCGGGGUUUAGGCCAGGUUAUUUGAAGAGGACAAGCACUAUUGGGAAGGGAACUGUGGACCUGGAUGAGGGCGAGGCUUUGCCUGGACAGCUGCCGCACAGGGAAAGAGACGGGGACUGGGGUAUCGGGGAUGAAGUCAAGAUGGGCUUGGAGUAGGGCCUGCAUUUAUCGCGGUAUGAGAGCAUUGCUUGCCAUUGAGUGCAGUAGUUGCUGUUGAAUUACCAGCUGUUUUAAACCAAACCGUAGGAACAACUUGACAAAGUUAUAAAUGUUCAUUCAAUAUAAGGGUCGAUUUACAUGUGAUAG